GUUAUUAUAAUGUUUUGGGGGACUUGAGAAAAAAAGAGAGAGAGAGAGAGCAAUUCUUCUGCAGAGAGAUCAUCCAUCUUCAAAGAGUGAAACUUUUUACAAAGGAAACUCCUUUCCAUCUUUUUCUUCUCUCCAAACAUAAAAAGUUUUCAACUUUCAUUUCACCCAAAAACGAGGAAUCGAUACAGAGAGAAUCUACUCAAUAGGAAAGAACCACCAUUAUUUCAAAGUCAAUUUGCUGUUCUAUGAUGAUUGAUUGAUUGAUACCACAAGUUAGCAGAACAAUUGCAAGAGUUUGUUUCUCUGUCAUAAUCUCUUCUAGUUGUGGUGUUUGGUGCAGACGACGACAAUAUAUAAUCUUUGUAUUGGGCAGUUUGUUUGUUGGGCUCUCACUUUCUCUCUCUGUUCAGCCGAUUUGAUUCUUCGUUUCUUUGUUGUUUGACUUCACUUGAAGCAACCUCCCUUCUUUUUAUUGAUCUCUUCCUUUUUAUGUCUUUGAUGAAUCGUCGGCAUUGUGAUUUUGGGGUUGUGAUAUGAGGAAGCUUGGGGUUUGGGGAUUAGGGUUCCUCUGCUUUUCGAUUUGGUUUGCCGUUUUGCUGCAACAAGCUCAUGGACUGAGACCCAUUAGGGAGACAGCUCGAUCCUGGGGCGAUGAGUGGCUCUUUGGCAAAAAAGAAAAAGGCGGAGCAGGACCUUUUUCUGCUUGGAAUAUAACAGGAACAUAUAGAGGCACCUGGAAGUUUCUAGAUACUGUAAAUAGCUCUUCAAAGUUCCCAGAUUUCAGAAAAGAAAGCGGUAACUCUGUCAUUGAAUUAGUCACAAGUCCAACAAAAAUAACUGGUGUACAUUAUGUUCAGGGUGCAGUUGUUUUCCAUGAUGUGUUUGACAAUGAACACAAUGUGGGUGGUGCCCAAAUUAAAGUGGAAGGUGUAUAUAUUUGGCCCUUUAGACAGCUCCGUCUUGUUGCUAACAGCGGAAAGAAGGGUGAUUCAGGACUAGAAGACGAUUAUCUUCUCUCCAACCCCUAUCACCUGCUUGGAAUUUUUUCCUCCCAAGUGUUUCAAGAAUCUCCAAGAGACAGAAUAUUGAAAAAGAAAACUUCUCCAAUAUAUGAGAUGGAGAAGCACUGCAAUAUCGAAAUAGCAGCUCAAAUUUCCCAAACCGUUUCUAGUGAAAACAUUAUUUUGGUAGAUGGGGGGGACAAAGAUCAUUAUCAUAUCGACGGAUUGAUGGAAAGUCCUGCAGUAGAUGAUGACAAAGAUUGUUUUUCUCCCUUGUCGCUGAAUGCGACCUCCGUAAACGUUGAAGUCUAUUAUAACAAAGCUGUGAACUAUACAUUGAUGGUCACUUUUGUCUCGUUCCUACAGGUUCUUUUGUUGAUCCGACAAAUGGAGCACAGUAACACACAAUCCGGUGCUGCAAAGGUCUCUAUAGUAAUGAUCGGGCAACAAGCCAUCAUGGAUUCUUAUUUAUGCCUUUUACAUCUCACAGCUGGGAUUUUAGUUGAAUCCCUUUUUAACGCUUUUGCAACGGCUGCGUUCUUCAAAUUUGUAGUGUUUUCGAUAUUUGAGAUGAGAUAUCUUCUGUCCAUAUGGAAAGCAACCCGGCCUUCAACCAGUGGUGAGGGCUGGGAAACAAUGAGGCGUGAGCUCUCCUUUCUGUACAGCCGUUUCUAUGGAAUCCUUCUUGGAGGCAUAUUGGUAAUGUACGAGUUCCACAACUACAUGCGGCCGAUCCUCCUACUCAUGUAUUCAUUUUGGAUUCCCCAGAUAGUUGCAAAUGUUGUUCGUGAUUCUCGAAAGUCUCUGCACCCUUAUUAUAUCAUGGGGAUGACUGUUACACGACUUGCUAUACCCUUGUAUGUUUUUGGAUGCCCGAAGAACUUCAUGCGUGUAGGGCCCAGCAAGGCCUGGUGUGUAGGCCUGUGCGCAUUCGUUGGGUCUCAAGCUGCUCUUCUUCUUCUUCAGCAUUAUUUCGGGUCUCGUUGCUUUGUCCCUCGGAAGAUGCUACCUGAGAAAUACAGCUACUACAGAAGAUUCGAUCAUGAUGUAAACCGAAGCAGGGACUGCGUAAUCUGCAUGGCCACGAUUGAUCUCAGACAACGUAUUAAUGAUUGCAUGGUAACGCCGUGCGAGCAUAUAUUCCACUCGGGAUGCUUACAGAGAUGGAUGGAUAUAAAGAUGGAGUGCCCAACAUGUCGUCGCCCACUUCCUCCAGCUUAAGCUUCGGUUCCCUAAGAAUUGGCUAUUAUUAACGAACUGCACCCACAUUAGUUGUAGGUACAAGCUGCUCGAAUAUUGAUGUUCCAGGCUUUGGCUCCUUGUUUGGUUUCAGACAGGCCUUGGAAAGAUAUUAGAUGAAAUCAGAGCAUAGAUAGAAUCUGGCUGAGUAGACAUUUGUAUGAAUUGUGUAAUAAGUCUCUUUAAUCAUUUGGUCAUUCUUUCAACAUAAAUAGAGAUUAUUUUUGACUCAAA